AUGGAAUUCCCUUUUGGUCAUGGCCACUCUCACACUGAUCACCACCAUAGAAAUGAUGAUCAAGAAAACCAAGAAAGACUAGCAGCACCACAUCAUCAACACCACGAAUUUGAUCCACCACGAAGCCAUGUUAUUAAUGUGCACCAUAGUGGUGGUGGUAGUCAGCAGCCUGAACUAAGUUCAUUCAACUGCUCACAACAUGUUACACACGUUGCUCAUGAAAGUAGUCAAGAAAGCUUUGAUGAUCAUCAUCAAAGUAAAGGUCAUCAUUGUCUUAGACCCCACACGCCAUCUUUUACUGAUCACCUUCAGUCUUAUUCUGGUUCUGCUUCUCAACUCUAUGAGAAACGUACUCCCUGGGUCAAAGAUGAGAAGUUCUUCACAAAAGCGAAAGAUGAAGAGGGUUUACCCAGCUUUGCUCUGGUUAAUAAAGUCACUAGUCAAGCCAUUAAGCCUUCCAUUGGAGCUACUCACCCUGUCUUACUGAUACCUUACAAGCCAUAUGAUCCUGAUGAGUCCAUGUUAUGGAGUGAGAGCAUGGACAAUGGCGAUGGCUAUAGAGCUGUAAGAUUUGUUGGUCACAUUCCCCUGAAUCUAGAUGUUUUCCUUGGUGAUGGGGAAUCUGAUGGAGUCCAUAAUGAUACUACUAUUGGACUUUCACCAUCAACAUGGGAGAUAACCAUGGAAGAUUGUACCUUAUGUAAGUCUCUCAAAAACAAGAAAGUAAGAAUCCAGAAUAUUGUACCUUACACAUAA